AUGCCAGCGGUCCCAGAGGCCUGGCCUCUGGCGGAGUUCCCACAGCUGCACGGGGCGCAGACUGGCGGCUGGCUGCGGCUGGAGUUCACCAACUGGACGCACGAGAAGCUCUCCGCGGGGGGUUGCAGCGAGGACCUCGACAUGGCGUUCGAGGGCCUGUGCUCGUGGGAGUCCUCGCGCGCCAAGGAGAGGACAUUGGCUGGGAGUGGGGCUCAUCCAGGGCAAAGUCCAUGA